AUGUCCAAUAAGGCCAGGCGACAGCGAUUACGAGUGCCUCUGGAUUUCACCAAUUACACUGUGUUAACAAAACUUUUGAAGAAUGACGCUCCUUAUCAGAUUCGUUAUGCAAUUGUCGACGGCGAAACUGGCCAAACGGAUUGCGUAUUCAUGCAAAUUAGGCUACUACCUCACUGCAACGUGGUUGGUACCAUUUGA